AGAAAGCCUCAUGAAGCACUUAAGGGUUUGCUGGUCUUCUAACAUUGAUCAAGCGCUCUAAAAUUCGCAAAGUACGUAGCUCAGAUCUGAGCCUUACACCAUGUCGACUUCAACUUUCCCCGGCCCUUACGCCGCUGCACUGGGUGCCAGUGUGUUUUUGUACUUUAUCGUAUACCCAGUUGUUGUUUAUUUUCGCGACGUGAACGGUCUUCGUCGAUAUCCCAAUUUUCAUCCUCUUGCUGGCGUUACCAACAUUCCUUUCAUGGUUCUUGCCCACACAGGCGCACGCUCUACAUAUCUUGAAAAGCUGCACCGGGUGCACCCCGUGCUCCGCACCGGUCCGAAUUCAUUAUCGUAUGGUGAUCUCCGUGCGAUUAAAGACAUCUAUGGGCACGGCUCGAGCUGUGUAAAGGACGGAGCCUACGUCAUCACUGCCGGUUCUCACUAUCAUCUUGCCGAUGUCGUUGACAAGUAUGAUCACGCCCGUAAGCGUAAGACAUUAAGUGCCGCAUACGCAUUAAAAAACCUCGAGGGUUGGGAACACAAGGUAGCCGACAAGACACAGAGGUUAAUCAAGCAUGUUGACACAUGCUGUACUGCUCCAUUGGCCGCUGGCGCCCUUCCCAAGCCCGAAGACAUCAAUCUGGAUUAUCGCAAAUGGACAAACUUCUUUACCCUCGAUGCCAUCGCCGAUAUUGGUCUCUCUGAGAAGCUCGGAUUCCUCGAUCAAGGUAGCAGCAUGGUGACUGGGCGCAAGACCGACGGAACCACGUAUCAGUGCGAUCUUCGUCCGGCUCUGUAUCAGACUGCUCGCAAGCAAUCCCUGUUAAUCUGGCCUUACAAAUGGUAUUCGGUCGUCAAUAAGAUAGUCAACAUCAUCCCGUUCUACCGCCGCAUGGACGAUUACGCCAAAGAAUGGGACGGUAUUCCAAACGAGCUGGCGUAUCGACGUCUGCAGCGAUACCGUGCUGGUGAGAAGUCCGAUGACUUUUUCCAGGCACUGAUGGAAGAAAAGAGCGGAAGCCCGAACAACCUCGAGUGGGGCGAGAUUGUUGCUGAAGUCAGCAUCAUGAUGAACGCCGGCUCAGCAACGACUGCGAUUGCUAUUGCGAAUGCGACAUUGCAGUUGAUCAAGCAUCCCGUAUGCAUGAAGAAACUGAGGGAAGAGAUCGACGCCGCACUCGAGGACGACGAGGAUAUAGAUCAGACUGGUGUAAUCGCGUACGACACCGUCAAGCACCUGCCGUACCUUCGCGCUUGUCUCGAUGAAUCGCUUCGACUCUUCACGCCUACACCUCACGGUCUUCCUCGCGAGACGCCUUCAGACGGUGUAAACAUUCUGGGUGAUUACAUCCCUGGAGGCGUGUCCGUAGCGAUGUCAGCCCAUGUCGCGCAUAGACAGGAGUCUGUCUUCCCUCAAGCCGACAAAUAUAUCCCGGAAAGAUGGCUUGGCGAGGAAGGUAAGGCACUACAGCCUUACUUUCUCUCCUUCUCGGCUGGUGCACGUGGCUGUAUCGGUCGUAACAUCUCGUACCUUGAGCAGACUGUGGUAUUGGCGAGUCUCCUACGGAGAUACGAAUUUGCCUUGAAAUCUCCAGAUUGGGAAAUCGAGCGAUUAGAGACGAUGAACUGGAUUUUAGGUGAAAUGCCGGUCAAGGUCUGGAGAAGGGAAAGGAAGUCGGCGUUGAGUGGCUAGCCGGAAAGCACCUUCACUGUUGUCUGUAGCGUUCAUUUGCCGCACUUAUAUCAUUGUCUCCGCGUUUCUGCAAGGAAUGUGUCGAGAUAGAAGCACGAAUCUUUACGACUUCAAUAUUGAACUGCGGCUGUUAGUGAAAACUGUUCG